AUGCGCUUUUCCCACUUGGUUUGGGUCGCCGCCUCGGCCCUCUUGAACACGGCUGAUGCCGCCACCAAAGAACAGUGGAAGGGUAGAUCGGUCUACCAGUUGAUGACCGACCGCUACGCCCGCACCGACGGCUCCCUGACGGCGACAUGUGAGCCGCAGAAGUUUUGCGGAGGAACCUGGGCCGGUCUCCUCAAGAAGCUCGACUACAUCCAGAGCAUGGGCUUCACGGCGAUCCAGAUCAGCCCCAUCGUCAAGAACAUCGACGACGACACCGCGGUCGGUGAGGCCUACCACGGCUACUGGUCCCUCGACAACUAUGCCCUGAACGACAAGUUUGGAACCAAGGAUGACCUCAAGGCCCUGAUCGACGAGCUGCACAAGCGUGACAUGUACAUCAUGGUGGACGUCGUCGUCAACAACAUGGCCCAAAAGUUCGAUAACAUCAUCCCGCCCAAGGUCGACUACUCCAAGUUCAACCCCUUCAACGACAAGAAGUACUUUCACCCGUACUGCAACGUGACCCAGUGGGACAGCCCCGACCACACCAACAUCCAGGAGUGCUGGCUGUACCCCUACGGCGUCGCCCUCGCCGACCUGGCCACCGAGACCGCGCCCGUGGCCGACGAGUUCAACAAGUGGAUCAAGCAGCUUGUGUCCAACUACUCCAUCGACGGUCUCCGUAUCGACGCCGCCAAGCACGUGAACCCGUCCUUCCUGGGACCCUUUGUGCAGUCUUCGGGCGUCUUCACCUGGGGAGAGAUCCUGACCGGUGAGAUUAGCGAUUUCUGCCCCUACCAGAACCAGGGCCAGCUUCCGGGAAUGCCCAACUACCUCGAGUACUACAAGAUCAACACUGUCUUCAACGGCGGUUCCAUGAAGAGCCUGGCCGCCAUCCACAAGGAUGCUCAGUCCGGCUGCAACGACACCCUCGCCCUGGGCAGCUUUGUCGAGAACCACGACAUGCCGCGGUUUGCUAACAAGAACAAGGACAUGGCUUUGGCCAAGAACGCCAUGGCUUACAUCCUGAUGACUGACGGUAUUCCUACUGUUUACCAAGGUCAGGAGCAGCACUUUGACGGCGGCGACACCCCCUUCAACCGCGAGCCUCUCUGGACCUCCAAGUACGACCAAAAGUCGGAGCUGUACACGCUGACGGCGACGCUCAACAAGGCCCGCAACGCCGCCAACAAGGCGUCCAACGGCACCUACGCCACGACGUACGCGCAGGAGCUCAUGGUGGACGACAACCACUACUGCAUGCGCAAGGGCCCGACCGGCAGCCAGCUCGUGUUUUGCAUCAGCAACAAGAGCAGCAAGGGCGACAGCUACAACAUGCAGGUGCCCAAGGGCUUCGGGUCCGGCGACGACAUCGUCGAGAUCCUGACCUGCAAGACCGCCAAGGCCGACGGCUCCGGCGUCGUCACCAUGCCCAUGUCCAAGGGCGAGCCCAGGGUCUACGCGCUGCAGUCGAGCCUCAAGGACAGCGGUCUCUGCAAGGACGGUACCUCGUCCCAGUCGCUCAACGGUGCCGGUGGCGUCCGCGCCGGUGGUCUGAUGGGUCUGGUUGCCGUGGCUGUGUCGUUGAUGUUUGUCAUGUAA